AUGGGCAAAGGAGGUCCUAGGAAGCCGAGAGGCAAAAUGUCCUCUUAUGCAUUCUUUGUGCAAACUUGCCGGGAGGAACACAAGAAGAAGCACCCGGAUGCUUCUGUCAACUUCUCAGAGUUCUUCAAGAAGUGCUCAGAAAGGUGGAAGACCAUGUCUGCUAAAGAAAAGGGGAAAUUUGAAGACAUGGCCAAGGCUGACAAGGCUCGUUAUGAAAGAGAAAUGAAAACCUACAUCCCCCCCUCCAAAGGGGAGACCAAAAAGAAGUUCAAGGACCCCAAUGCACCCAUGAGGCCUCCUUCGGCCUUCUUCUUGUUCUGUUCUGAGUAUCGCCCCCAAAUCAAAGGAGAACACCCUGAUUUAUCCAUUGGUGAUGCUGCAAAGAAACUGGGAGAGAUGUGGAACAACACGGCUGCAGAUGACAAGCAGCCCUAUGAAAAGAAGGCUGCCAAGCUGAAGGAGAAGUACGAAAAGGAUAUUGCUGCCUACAGAGCUAAAGGAAAACCCCAUGCAGCGAAAAAGGGGGUGGUCAAGGCGGAAAAGAGCAAGAAAAAGAAGGAAGAGGAAGAUGAUGAGGAAGACGAGGAGGAAGAAGAGGAGGAGGAAGAAGAGGAAGACGAAGAUGAGGAAGAAGAAGAUGAUGAUGAAUAAGUUGGUUCUAGCGCAGUUUCUUUUCUUGUCUAUAAA